AUGGACGAGCCGACCGCGAGCUCGAGCGAGCCGAGACGGAAGCUUCUUCCCUCGCCCGCCAACGCACCUCACGCUCCUCCCAUCGACAAGACCGUCUCGCGUCACCCGACCCACAUCGAGCGCCUCCACACCCACCGGCUGCAACACAUCCACACCGUCGGAUCUCAGGUCGACUCCCGCUAUAGUGUCUCUUCCAAAGCCGGUCCCCUUCCCAAAUUUGGCGGCGGGAAGCCCUAUCCACCAGACAUUCCCGCCGAGCGAGAAGCCUACGUCGUCGAUUUCGAAUCCCCUACCGACCCGGUCCACCCAUUGAACUGGCCCACCGGGACCAAACUCAUUAUUUCCGCCAUUGGCGCCUUAGCAUGUCUAUGCUCAACCUUCGCCUCCAGCGUCCUUUCUGUCGCCACACCAGCAAUCGCCUCCCAUUUCGGCAUCGGUCUCGAACCCGCCUCUCUCGUGUCUGCCCUGUAUCUGGUUGGCUAUGGCGUAGGUCCUGCUAUUUGGGCUCCGCUGUCCGAGCUCCGGGGACGAAAACUUCCUCUUUUGAUCGGUCUUUUCGGCUUCUCCAUCUUCUCUAUCGCAGUCGCCGUAUCAAAGGACACACAGACGAUCAUGAUCUCGCGCUUCUUCAUGGGCGUCUUCGGCAGUUGCCCACUCGCUGUCGUCGCAGCCAUGUACGCCGACAUCUGGCGCGCUGAAGUCCGCGGGCUCGCUCUGACAGUCUUCGCUGCGGCGGUCUUCAUGGGGCCGAUGAUAGCACCGUUCAUUGGGGCGUUCACUGUGACCUCAUACUUGGGAUGGAGGUGGGAUGGGUAUUGGUCAGCCAUAAUGGGCUUUACCACUUUUCUUCUUAUUUUGGUUCUCGUGAAGGAGACAUAUCCGCCCAUUGUCCUUGUCAAUAAGGCAGAGUAUUUGAGAAGGAGGACGAGGAACUGGGCCAUCCACGCGAAACAAGAGGAGAUCGAGAUUGAUCUCAAAGAUCUGAUAUCGAAGAAUCUGUCGAGGCCGCUAAGGAUGUUGGUCGAAGAGCCUAUCCUGCUACUGAUGGGGUUCUACCUCAGCUUCGUCUACGGCCUCGUCUAUAUCUCCCUCGCAGCAUUCCCUUUUGUCUUUGUGGGGAAACACCACAUCAAACCUGGUGUGGCAGAGUUACCCUACUUGGGUAUGCUUAUCGGCAUGUUCGGUGUUGCCGGGACGAGCAUAGCAAUGAAUGGACGCUGGGUCAAGAAGUUUCACGCAAAUGGGGGUCGAGGGAUGCCGGAAUGGAGACUGCCGUUGGCUUGCGUCAGUGCGGUGAUAUUUGUGGUAGGUUUGUUCUGGUUUGGGUGGGCGGGCAAUUACGAGAGUGUGCAUUGGAUUGUGCCGACUAUUGCAGGUGUUUUUAUUGGGUACGGAUUGUUGGGAAUCUUCAUGCAGUUGAACAUGUACAUCAUCGAGUCAUAUCUAAUGUUUGCAGCAUCAGCUAUAGCAGGCAACACGAUGAUCCGAUCACUCUUCGCCGCAGCCUGUCCACUGUUCGAUCGGCAGAUGUUCGAGGCUAUGCAUGUCAACUGGGCGAUGAGUUUGCUGGGCUUUGUUGCUUUGGCUCUAGCUCCCGUUCCAUUUUUGUUCUACCGGUACGGGCCUCGAAUUAGAGGCAAGAGCAAGUGGGCACCACAGUUGCCAGUUCCGAAGAGACCAGUGGAUGAAGAAGACGGUGAAAAGAAAACAGAGGAUGAAGGUGUGGUGAUCGGCGCUGGUGACAGUACUGCUACUGGCGACGCAGAGAAGAAGGAGGUGGGCGUGUGA